UGCCGUCAGCCAUCUUCUUGGGGGUGCUGCGAGCCGGGGAGCCCCCCGGAAUCGUUUUCCAUUGAAUCCUCGCGCGUUCCCUCGCCCUCCUCUCUUCUGCCUUCUCCGUUUUGUCAGUACCCCGAGCCAGGGAGCCCCCGCGGUGGGGAGGGCUGCCCGGGGCUACGCGUGCGUCCCCUUUCCUGACCCGGGGAGCGCCGGGCGCAGAACCGGGAAGGGGGAGGGCCCAGGGAAACCGCCGCGGCCGCUGCCUCCGCCCCGGUAGGGGCUGCUUGGGCUAGGGAAGGGGAACAGGAAGGGGGAGGAGAGCGCGGGCGGCACCCCGAGGUGCCCGUGGCCUCGGGUGGCGCCCCGCGUGCCUUCUCGCUGAGCGAGGCGCGCGGGCUCCUGCCACCGGCGCCGCCCACCGCGGCCCACGCGGGCGGCGGCGGCGCGCGGAGUGGGGAGGCGGCGGGGUCCUGGCGUGGGUAGGCAGGGAGGGAGAGACGCGGGCCGCGGGCCACAGUGGAUGGUUUCUAAAAUGAUCAUCGAAAACUUCGAAGCGCUCAAAUCCUGGCUCAGCAAGACCCUCGAGCCUAUCUGUGAUGCUGACCCUUCAGCUCUAGCUAAAUAUGUUCUUGCUUUGGUAAAGAAGGAUAAAAGUGAAAAAGAGUUGAAGGCGUUAUGUAUCGAUCAACUGGAUGUAUUUCUUCAGAAGGAGACACAGAUAUUUGUAGAAAAACUUUUUGAUGCUGUGAAUACGAAGAGCUAUCUACCUCCACCCGAACAGCCAUCAUCAGGAAGUCUAAAGGUAGAAUUUUUUCAACACCAAGAAAAAGAUAUAAAAAAAGAAGAGAUCGCAAAGGAGGAAGAACGAGAGAAGAAGUUUUCUAGAAGAUUAAAUCAUAGUCCUCCGCAAUCAAGUUCGCGGUACAGAGAAAAUAGGAGCCGUGAUGAAAGGAAAAAAGAUGACCGUUCUCGAAAAAGAGAUUAUGAACGAAACCCACCUCGAAGGGAUUCCUAUAGAGACCGAUACAAUAGAAGAAGAGGGCGGAGCAGGAGUUAUAGUCGGAGUCGGAGUCGGAGUUGGAGUAAAGAGCGGUUGCGAGACAGAGAUAGAGAUAGAAGCAGGACUAGAAGCCGAAGUCGAACACGAAGCAGGGAAAGAGAUCUGGGAAAACCAAAAUAUGACUUGGAUAGAACAGAUCCAUUAGAAAACAACUAUACUCCAGUUUCUUCUGUAACUAACAUUUCAUCUGGCCACUACCCUGUUCCUACUUUGAGCAGUACUAUUACUGUUAUUGCUCCUACUCAUCAUGGUAAUAACACUACGGAAAGCUGGUCUGAAUUUCAUGAAGACCAAGUGGACCAUAACUCUUAUGUAAGACCUCCAAUGCCAAAGAAACGUUGCCGAGAUUAUGAUGAAAAAGGUUUCUGUAUGAGAGGAGACAUGUGCCCUUUUGAUCAUGGAAGCGACCCUGUAGUUGUAGAAGAUGUAAACCUUCCUGGCAUGCUGCCUUUCCCAGCACAACCCCCUGUUGUUGAAGGACCACCUCCUCCUGGACUUCCCCCACCUCCACCAAUUCUGACACCUCCACCUGUGAAUCUUAGACCUCCAGUGCCACCUCCAGGUCCAUUACCACCUAGCCUUCCUCCUGUCACAGGACCACCACCUCCACUUCCUCCCUUGCAGCCAUCUGGUAUGGAUGCUCCUCCGAACUCUGCAACCAGUUCUGUUCCCACCGUAGUAACAACAGGCAUUCAUCACCAGCCUCCUCCUGCACCACCCUCUCUCUUUACAGCAGAUACAUAUGACACAGAUGGCUAUAAUCCUGAAGCCCCAAGCAUAACAAACACUUCCAGACCUAUGUAUAGACACAGAGUGCAUGCCCAAACUAAUUUGCUAGGACUUACUUCAGGAGAUAUGGAUCUGCCACCCAGAGAAAAGCCUCCCAAUAAAAGUAUGAGGAUAGUUGUUGAUUCAGAGUCAAGAAAAAGAACCAUUGAUCAGGGGAACUGGAGUCCUGCUAAGAAGACUUGGUUGACAAGUAAGCCAAACUUUAAUAGAACAAAUAGCCCAGGUUUUCAGAAGAAGGUUCAGUUUGGAAAUGAAAAUACCAAGCUGGAACUCAGGAGAGUUCCUCCAGAAUUGAAUAACAGCAGCAAACUUAAUGAACAUUUCAGCCGGUUGAACUUGGUCAACUUGCAGGUUGCCUUUCAUGGUGAUCCUGAAGGUGCACUUAUCCAAUUUGCAACAUAUGAAGAAGCAAAAAAAGCAAUCUCUUGUACAGAAGCAAUUUUUAAUAAUCGCUUUAUUAAAAUCUAUUGGCACCGAGAAGGGGCCGCCCAGCAACUGCAAACAGCUUCCCAGAAAAUUAUACAGCCUUUAGUCCAGCAGCCCAAUUUACCUGUUGUGAAGCAGUCUGUGAAAGAACGAUUAGGUCCAGUACCUUCAAGUAAUAUUGAACCCGCAGAAGCCCAGAGUGCUAGUACAGAUAUUCCUCAGAAUGUAACUAAGUUAUCUGUGAAGGACAGGUUGGGUUUUGUAUCAAAGCCAUCUGUUUCAGCAACUGAAAAGGUGUUUUCCACUUCUACUGGUCUCACAAAAACAGUGUACAAUCCAGCUGCUUUGAAAGCGGCUCAGAAAUCCUUAUCUGCGGUGUCAUCUCUACAUUAAUUACAGCGAGCACAGAAGAAAAAAACAGAGGCACUAAAAUUGCAACAGGAUGUAAGAAAGAAGAAGCAAGAGAUUUUAGAAAAGCACAUUGAAACACAGAAGAUGUUAAUUUCAAAACUGGAGAAAAACAAAACUAUGAAGUCGGAAGAUAAGGCAGAAAUAAUGAAAACUUUGGAGGCUUUGACAAAUAGCAUUACUAAAUUGAAGGAUGAGUUGAAAGCUGUUUCAUCUGGAAGCUCCCUUCCCAAAAGUGUGAAAACCAAAGCUCAGAUGCAGAAAGAAUUACUGGACACAGAACUGGAUUUGUAUAAGAAGAUGCAGGCUGGAGAAGAAGUCACGUGAACUUAGAGAAAAUAUACAGAACUGCAGCUUGAAGCUGCAAAAAGAGGGAUUCUUUCAUCUGGUCGAGGGCGAGGAAUUCAUUCAAGAGGUCGAGGUACAACUCGGGGCAGAGGAAGGGGUCGUGGUCGAGGAAGAGGUGUUCCUGGUCAUGCUGUGGUAGACCAUCGCCCAAGAGCAUUAGAGAUCUCUGCAUUUACUGAGAGCGAUAGAGAAGACCUCCUCCCCCAUUUUGCGCAAUAUGGUGAAAUUGAAGAUUGUCAGAUUGAUGACUCCUCUCUUCAUGCGGUAAUUACAUUCAAGACAAGAGCAGAAGCAGAAGCAGCUGCAAUUCGUGGAUCUCGUUUCAAAGGGCAAGAUCUUAAACUGGCCUGGAAUAAGCCUGUAAUUAACAUAUCAGCUGUUGAAGCAGAAGAAGUUGAGCCUGAUGAGGAGGAAUUUCAGGAAGAGUCUUUGGUGGAUGACUCAUUGCUUCAAGAUGAUGAUGAAGAGGAAGAGGACAAUGAAUCUCGUUCUUGGAGAAGAUGAUUUGACUCAUCAUUCAUCUGCAAAUGCUAGGACUCUACCUGUGUUUCAUUAGUGUUACCUAAUGUACUUUUACAUAUUUGUAAAAAAUUUUUUGGUAAAAUGUGAUGAAGAUGGAUUUCAAAAAUAGACUAAAGAGAAGAAACUACCUUCUGAUCCUGUAUUUUGAAAGAUUGCUGUUUGAGUUUUAUUUCAGUAAACAAUUGCUAAGACAUCACACUAGAAACAUAUGCAAUGUUUUUAUUACAUACUUCUACUGAGCGUUACAGAAUUCUUUGGGUUCUUUGUAAUUUAAUGAAUAGGUCUGAAAAAUAUAUGACCAAUACUUGUUAUAACUUAGAGGAUUUUUGUUUUAUUCCAAAGUAUCAAAUGGAUUUGCAUUAAAAAAUCUUAAAUGAAUGUUUCCAAAAAUGAAUAGAUAACAUAGUACUAAAGUCUCCAAGUUAUGUAUUCAUAAUAUUGCAUAGUAGUAUGCUUAGGCUUUACUAUGUACUAGCCUUUUGUUUAACUUGUGUAUGUAUUUUACAAAUGGGUUUUAAUGAUAACGGUGUAUGACUGCUUUGCAUAUAAAUCCUUAUGACUUUAAGAUGUUUGAAAAAAAUAAAGUGGAAUGGUCUCUUUAAAAAAAAAAGAAAAAGAAAAAAGCAAUAACCCAAAAAAAAAAAAAAAAGCUAAGGCAAUGUUCCCUAAUUUAAAAAAAAAAAAAGAAAGAAAGAAAAGAAAAAAAAAAACUAAAAUAAAAAAGACCAUUCCAAAUGGUGACCCCUUUCCCCCAGUACUCACAAAAGGAGCUAUAAUCACUAAUUUAUUUUUUAACAGUAGUUUAAUGGUAUCUUUACAAUAAUGUACAAUCUGAUGCCUAAAAUAUAUACCACUUCAGUUUGGUUUGAUCCUUUAAAUUUUCAACAGAUGUCUUAAAAUUUAAAAACUUUAAAAACAGGCUGAUUAGUUUGGAACCACACUUCAAGUAGACCUAAUUUGAUGAAUAAGAAAACCAUCAGAUUACUUUUUGGAUUUAUGAAAGAAAACUUGACCAUGGGAAGAUAUAUGAAUAAAGAAAUGUACUAUAAAUUAGUACUUAGGAAAACAUUGUUUGGUAAGUACACCAACCUCAAAUUUUUAUAGUGUACAUUUGCUGUACCUUUAUAAAGAUCCUUGACUUUUCCAAAUUCUUUACUUCAGAACAUUCUUUGUGGAGACAUAAUGAUCCAAUUAUCAAAAUUUAUAUAAUAGGAACUGAAAGAAGAAAAUCUUACUACAUUUAUUUCCUUUUAGUGAUAUAAGUAUUCCCUUUUCCUCCUAAACUGAGAUUCUUUCAUCUUCAGAAUUUUUUUGGCUCUUGCCAUUUGAGGAGGUUCUCAAGAAACUUAAUUCAUUAAAAAAGACUACUAUAAAAAAAUGGAAGAGAUGCCAUACCAGGUGUCCUGAAAUCCUUUGAUGGCUACCAUGAUUGUCAUUCUAUAUAUUUCACUUCCUCCUUACUGUUAUACUGAGGAAGUUACCCUAGGUUCUCAAAGCCUGUCUUCUGUUUGAUGACCAGCAAAGCUGAAAUGAGAGAAGUGCAUCCCAGAAAUUUGGUUGCCAAGUAAUACAUUUUUUCAGCUGCAGCCAAUUCAUUAACAGUUUAUUAAUAAGUCAUAGGGCAGUUGUGAUUGACAUUAAUGGAAGUGAUACCCACACCAUUGAAAAUUUCUUCAAAGUAUAUUUUAUGUAGGGUACUUAAUAGUUUUAGAAUUAUGUGCCAGUUCCUAUCUUUUCUUCUCUUCCACCUUUUUCUGACUCACCCUGACUUCUCUUUUCCUACCACCCAUUCCAUUUAUACAGUACAAUAGAGGUCUAUAUAUGUUAUUUGGUUAAUGGUACUAUCUAGCUGAACAUUUUUUACAUCAAAUUUAAGAUGUUAACUUUAGAUUUCAAAUUAGUUUAAUAUUUCUUCCCAAAUUUUCAUAUAUAUUUAUUAUAUUUAGAUCUGUGGUAUAGUUAUGCGUAACAUUGUUAUCUAGUCUAUGCUUGUGCUAUUCUGGUUCAUUAGGUAAGUGUGUUCUUUUUUUCUUUUUCUUUCUUUUUUUUUUUCUUUUUUUUUUUUUUAAUUUUAGUAGUCAUGAAAGAUGCCAAAUUGACAGAGGCACAAGUUCCUUCUCUUUGCACCAAACAGGUACUACAGCAAAAAUAAAUUUCUUAGCUUUAAAAGCCAGUUAAUUAUCCUUUGUGAUUUUGGCUUUGUUAAUUUAAAUAAUUUUUGGCUAGUGGGUUUUGUAUUUAUUUAUAUAAACUACUGAGAAAAUGCUAGUUUUUCCAGUCUAAAAACAUGUAAUAACUUAGUUUUUAAGUUUUGUGUAUCCUCUUGCUUUGAGCUCAGUGGCCAGUGAGGUUUGAAGGUUGUUGUAUUAGAAAUCAAAAGAUUUGCUUAAGUUAUUUAACUUAUUUGAGCUUCAGUUUUCUUGACUCUCCCAUGGGCAUAAUAACUUAGAGCUCAUAGGUUUAUUGGCCAGGAUCAUAUGAGAUGUGUAUAAAUGUGUUUUUAAUUGUAAAUAGCAAUUUAAAUGAGACCUGCUAGGAGGGUUUUUAUUUGGAUGUAUGUAUGUAUAUAGUUAGAUAGAUAGAUAGGUGGAGAGAGAGAGUGCAUGAGCAUGUUAAUUCUUGCCCUCUAAAAUUAUAUUCUACAGUUUCAUAUCUAUACCCCUACUUUCAGUGCAUGAGAGUUCUGGAUUUUCCUUUAAAGUAGUGUUUAUGUGUUAGGAAAUUUAUUAGAUACUUGUAAAUCUUUCUUUUAAAUCAUACCAGUAUUGUAUUUCUGUUGUGAAGAUUUUUUUACAUUUAUAGAAAUAGUGAUGAAAAAGUGGUUAUCUAGUGUUUCUCCCUAACUUUGGUGAGAAGUAUAUUAAAACAGUUUUAAAAAUUGUCAUGAGGUGACUAGAUAAUCACCAUUUAUACCAUUAUGUUUUUUAUGACCAUUAAUCAAAAAGUUCUUGAAAUGAAGUCUUCUGAAGUCUUUUUUUUUGUUGUUGUUGAGGGGGUCCAUGUUGGCUUAUCUUCAGAAAAAAAUAACUUAUAUUUGGUCACGAAACUUACAUAAUAUCUCUUGAUAUCUUGUAAAGAACUUUCUAAAAUAAUCCGCAUUUUUAUAUUGAUUUAAAGUUUACACUUUCUCUUUGGGGGGGGGCAAUUGGGGUUAAGUGACUUGCCUAGGGUCACACAGCUAGUAAUUGUUAAGUGUCUGAGGCCGGAUUUGAACUCAGGUCCUCCUGAAUCCAGGGCCAGUGCUCUAUUCACUGCACCACCUAGCUGCCCUAUACUUUCUUCAUGACUAUAAUGUAGGUAGUAAAAGUAUUGUGAUUUGAGAACUGUCUGCAGUAUACCUAUAGAAUCUAGGUUAGUGCUGACUAUGCGCAUUGUUACUCCCCAAAUUAAGUAAAAUACUGCAAGCCUUUACUACAACAUAGACAUGUGGUAUUAUCAAUAUUGUUUUACAAAUACAAAGAGCAUUCAGUUCUUUAGGCUGUAUAGAACCAGUUACCUUAAUCUUUCCCUGUAUCAUAUACCACCCAAAACUAUAAUUGUGUUUGUAACCCUACAGUGUUUGCAAAAUUCUUUGUAUUAUGCUCUAGUAUUGUAGCCUUCUAUCUGAUGUGGAUGUACCCUUCACAGAUAAAGAUGGCAGAUCAUCCAAGGCCAGCCAUCCUUUGAAACUCUUGUUUAUGUUCUUUCAUGAGUAUUUCACACAUAAAGUAAUGUGCUGGAAGCUUUUGUGUGCUUUUCCCUGACAAAGUCAGGUAAUCUGUAGAGCACUUAUGAGUGAUUCCUUAACCCACAUGAGUAUAUGACCAUCUCUUUUACUUUUAUGUUCCCCUAAUGACAUCCUUUAUUCAAGUUCUUCGAAGGUUUUUAUUCCCUGUAGCAUAGCAGCAUGCAUAUGCUUACCACAUACCUCUUUAUUGCCCUUUGCGUGAUUAUAGCCACCACUACUGUAUAGUACAUUAUA